UUAUCCAUUGAUUUAGCUUUAGUGGGCUAGCUUCAACAACCCUUUCUCGUAGCCACAGUCUUAUACUGCAUCGCUUUCCUCUGCCUUGCAUCCUUAUUAUAAUGUGUAUAGAUGGUUACUAAUGUAUAAACAUUGUUUGUCCGCCCGUACCUUAACUACGGCUUUUCUAAUUCCGCCAAUCUAGCUGGCCAUAUCGUGUGGUCAUCAGACCGGACGAUAUAUUUCUAUCUAUAUAUUUUAUUUAUAUUUCUUUUUUUUUAAGAUAUUCAAAUCAUUCAUUGUGAAUUUAUUUUACGAAUAUCUAUUUGUCUAAUAAACAUUCCGUUUUUUUUUGCAUUUGGUCACCUGGAAAUCUACACGGUUCGAACUCUUUUCUGUUUUUUCCAUUUUUUUUUUUAUUUAUUUCGAAUUGACUUUCGAGCUGGGAAAUAGGUUGUUUUUAAAGGCCGUACUUUUCAAGCGUCGGCGGUACCUACAAAAUGGUAGUUUGAAAACAGCGUUUAUGCAAAAUUCAUUAAAGAGAUUAUGGCACGUAAGCUGCUGCAUAGGUCAUGAAGCCUUAGAGAAACAUUGGGGUCUAAAUCCGAACCCAGGGAGCUAGCCGUCUGACGGAAUGCCUGACGGCGAUACUGGACGUAAAAUUCGAAACAUAGGGGCCAUGUAGCCUAAGUAUCAGUUCCUGUGCAACAAAGCGUUAUGAACAUCAUUAUAUCACUGUAAGCCCUCUUUUUAGGUUUAUCUGAGCUGGGAACGCACAGAUAAAUCGAUAUUUCUCGUAUAACUUCGAUUCCUCUUUGAUAAAUUGUAAUAUUAAAACGCCUAAUAUCCCUAGAUGAGUGCGAACUUUACAUAGAAAUAUUCAUCUUUGCCAGUUACUAAAGGAUCUCGAGUCUUCUUAAAAUCCAAUAAAAUUUAUUCGUAUGGGUUACAGUUCACAAUCGGUCGAAUCCAUUUUCACAUUAACGAUGUGAUAUGCUUUACUCUUUGCUAUAAUGAAUAAGAUAUAUUUUUUCACACAAUCCCAUUUGCUUGUCUAGCUUCCUUCGUUGCGGUUUGCUUCUUUAUAGUGAUACAUACAAUGUAGUGCAAUAGUUUCAAGGCUAGUUACGCCACCCGCCUUAUUUAAAAGCUCACAACAUCAAUUAUUAUGCUUCUUUGUGACUGACGUUAUUGAUUGUUUCAACCUAGCAUUCCCUACCUUUGAUAACCAGGGAAGCCCAGCAACAAGAAAUGCAAAGCUGGUUCUUUGUCAGUUGCUUUCUUCGCCCUCGCUACUUAUUUUCGUUGUCAUUGUCGGUGUAUUGAAGCCUGCCCUCUUGUUCUUGAUCUUUCGGUCCUCGUUCGUUGCUGGAGAGUCUUCACUAGAAGUUUUUUCGGCUUUUCUUUCCCCUGUUCCAUUUUGCCCAACAUCUCGAUUCCUUCCUUUCCUUCUCACUUUUCUUUGUACGCUUUCCGCUUCAUUUUUCGCCAUGUAUCUUCUGUUCAUGUGUGCUUAUAUACCUACGUGUCAUUUCUGUUUCUUCUUGCAAACAAAGCUCAUCGUUCUUUAAGUUUAUGUGCUCUUAUUUCCACAUUAAUUUAGGUUGCUGUUACUAUGUUUGUUUUGUUAUUAUUGCUGGCGCCGUCAUGGAUGCUACUGCCAUUUUUAUAUGCUGGAAUCACACGAUGAAAUCGCAUACACAUAUACAAAUGCACGCGCCUUCAACACACGUUCGCUUCAUUGUUGAUAGCACUGCCUCUUCAUUACACCUUUGACCGUGGCGGUCGCUCUUGUAGUCUGUUUCAAUCAUGGUCGUGGCUAUUCUAAUACGAGAUGACAGUCACGCGCUGAUGAUCACACAGCAGAGCAACACUACUGCGACUGACAAUCUACGUGGCCACGCAAAGGCUACAGAAACUGCUGCGGCUCACAACAGCGUCAUGGGACGCAAGGAGCAGCUUCGCGCAAAAUAUACAGCAAGAUGGAAAUGAGAGGAAGUGAAGGCAACUGAGUCCACCAUUAGUUGCUUAUUUUCACCACACUACAACCACUGGUACGAAUCAAAGAAAUAGUCGUCACUAGCGUUGCAGAGCUUCGUUUCCGGUUCCUUGGGUGCCCGUAUUUGGCAAGCUAUCGAAGAUAGUCCAAGUGAUCGGCUUGUCUUCCAGCCCCAUAACCUGUUCCUUCCGGUUCGUGCAACGCGAGCCUAGGUUGCAUUGACGCUGCUAUAUCUAAUGUCGUUUCGCUGGUCACCAUUCAACGCAUUCGACUAUUGGAUCGCCCGAACGUUCGUGCAGGACUGACCGUUUUGUGUUGUAUCUUCGCGACUGUUCUGCAGUUGCAGAGCACAAAAGGUCGGUGUUCUCACUACACUGCCAACCGCGCCAAACAAGUCUCUCUGACAAGUUCUGUCUUUUCCACCAAAAAACCGUUGCCCGUCAUGGCAACGGUCACCAAUUUCUAUCUGACACUAGUGAACAUCGCUGGCAGACCAGUUACAAGGCAUCGCUCGUAGAAUCCACAGUGGUGAUGUUGCCGGCCACAUUUCGCAUCGUUCCCGGCUUGAGAUCAAUGCCAGUUUACUGUUGACUUUUGCUAGAUUUCACCAACAACAGCAAUAACAGCAAUCCUUCGUCGAUAACAGCAGCAUCAGCAGCAGCAAAUGCGCUUCGCCCGCGAGUCUCGCGCGAACGCGACGCUCUCCGCCCCAACCAUGGUCUCCCUUUCGUCCCUUAAACGCGUCUGUAGAACUACUGCUGUAACGGCAGUUUCAACAGCGGCAGCGGAAGCUACAGCUUCGCUUGUCGUUCCGUUUGGCGGCUGUUGUCCCCUGCAGACAUUCUCCUCGGUGUGAUUUUGUGUCAGGUGAUGAAACCACCGUUGGCACCUUCACUACGGCCACUGCUUGUGCUGUUUUCAUCCACUCCCAGAAGCGGCGUCGUUAUGCUAUUCAUCUAAGUCGAAGCUGGUGCUACAACCGUUCGGCGUCUGUUUUGCGUCUCGGGUAUGCGUGAGACGAUGCAAUGCCAUAGGUAGCCGCGGCCGAGACAAUAUGUGAGCGUUAACCCUGUGAAACUCUCGGUCCAUGCGUCUGCCGGUGUGUGUGCGCGUACUUGUGUCUGGCUGAUGUGACUACCACCCAAUCCAACACUAGCAUCUUCCUUUCCUUCGACUCAAGCUGGGUCAUCGUCUUCUUCAAGUUUCCUUCACAUACGAACUGCGGCGUAGCUGGAACAGCUGCAGCGGCGGCUGCGGUAGUAGCAGCAGACAACAGCAAGAACGAAAUGAUCGGGAACGACCGAGCCCAGCUGGGCCGUCUUUCGUGCUGAGCGAUGGUCACAGCCGGAGCCAGCCAGAAGAACGGGCUGGCAGAGUCGCCCAAGACGUCAUCAUCUAGGUUAGUUAGCGUGGAAGAUCGCUGGAAGUAUAAUGGAACGGAGGCAGCUGCAACGGAGGUCAAGAAAAACGAGACGAAGUGCACAAAAACUAGUGAACUCGACGGGAUCAGCUACCGAGAACUUUUGAACAAAAACUAGUUUGCAAGAAUUCAGUAGUGGUAGCUUUAUACAAACAGCCUGGAUGCCUGAUACCGUGUAGGAACCUGUCAGGAAAAUUUAAGACGGAGAAAGUCAAGCACAAACAAAUUUUUUGGCUAGUACAAAAACUAAUAAGAUCAGCAGGUUUACCACUUACAAUAUUGUUAUCGAUCUGAAAUAGAAAUUCGUCUCCUUGUUCCAUUUAGCAAAUCGUAUUCUGACAGAGUGCGCUUUACCCGUUGCAUUCACGCUGGAUUCGCGAGUUCGUCGAUAUGAUGGCAACAAGAGUGAAUCGGCUUGCAGAGUUCUUCGUGUGCUUCCUUCUAGGUAAUUCGCCCGAAAAACGAAAGAUACGCGUGUCAGAACGGCCAAUUGGCCGGUGCUGCACCAUGGCGAUGGAGUGCGGCAUAGCGGGUCAUCAUCAACGAGAGGAGCUCCGUAAGAUGCAGCAUUGAGCUUUGUUGAAGUGGUCUAAACAGCAGAAACCAGAACGAAGCUUACCAAUCGACUCGAAUCUCAAGAAAGGCCGAGUCAUUGGCACCCGAUUAUGUUAUAUAUUCAAGUUCUAGUUCUAGUACCUGGGCGCAAGAAGGAAUAAGAUUUGGACAUCGAAGUCAUGCGUCGCGAUCUUGGAGCUUUGCUAGGAUUAACUAGUGUCUUGACACUCAUUGGCUACCAGUAUGACUUCAGUGCGACAGCUUUUUUUGAGCAUCGUUGGUUAUACCACUUUAGUGAUCAAAGGACGUCACCUCGGUCGGCGCCGGAUUUCGGUGGAAUAGAAGCGGUUUUGACACUACCAGACUCGCAGGAUAUCCGUCAGAAACGCGUCCAAAAUGUAUGCCAGCGUUAUCGGGAACGCCUAUAUCGACCCCAUUAUCGGGGUCUGAAAAGUAACUUUUUUCCUGAUACAAUGCGGCCCCGUUAUUGUAGCACAGCUGAAUGUCCUUUAUUAGUAGAUAUUCGACACAGAUUCUUAUUCUGUUUCGUGCAAAAGGUCGCCUCAACCACUGUGAAGGCGCUAUUCCUUGAAAACUCCAUAGGAACGGAUCAGUUAUCGAGGGGAAAUGUCACGCAACUUCAUAGGGUCGCUAACGAUAGAAUUCGACGAGUUGGUCCACAGUUCUACACAAAAAAGAAAAUGAAAAAAUUCUUUAAGGCGAUAUUUGUACGGCAUCCAUUUGAGCGGUUAGUGUCAGUUUACGAAGAUAAGGUUGGCCAAGAACCGCAAAAGAUGACCUACUUUUAUGACAAAUACUUUAAACAAUUUGCUUCUCGAAAAAAUAUCACUGGAACAUUGAGUUUUUCGGAUUUCGUUGAUUAUCUAAUUGAAACGCCCUGGGCUGAAUUCGACGAACAUUGGAUGCCGUACUUCCAGAGGUGCGAAGUUUGCCUGGUUGGGUAUGACUUUAUUGGUAAACUAGAAACGGCCUCAGAGGAUUUCGACGCGAUGCUCGACAACGGCCUGACCGAUAUGAAGUCAAAACUCCGUCGCCUGAAUUCACGAUAUCAAAAUGGCAGACUGGACUUCGGUCGCGUGGAGACGUAUUUCAUACAGCUAGAGCGAAACCAGAUUAUGGCCUUGUACAGAAUUUAUCGAUUUGACUUUGAGCUAUUUGGCUAUAACAUUCUCAAUUUUAUCGACACUUUCGAUAAUGGGACGCCGUAGGGAAGAAGUGUAUAGCAGCGCACUUUCUCAUUGCUUGUUUCUGUAGUUGCAGGCCGGCACGGUGUUUUAUUGACGUUAUGAUACGUGCUUAUAACGUGAAUUCUCUCAUUGAGAUAUGUGAGUGUAUCAGUUAUUUGAAACAGAGGGAAAUAUCGUUGAAAGCGAGUACUGCUGUAACGGGUCCUUCCUUCGAAUUUUACCGAAUUGUUAUUAAGCAAAAUUCUAAAUUACAGGCUCUACGACCAUGAACUGUGCAUCGAUGUUAUGCAUUAUGUAGGCUAUUAGUAAUAUUCGAUGGUUGCAACAUGGUUUGUUGUUUAUCUUUCAGAGAUAUUCUUUGUAUUGGAUCGAUCAUACAUACAUACACAGUGACUGUAGCUAAAAAGUUUACAAAGUGUUGGUAUACACCUUUGUAUAAUAACAGUGAUAAUUCUGAUCUGAAAAUACAGCCGAACCAUAUGCUAAACUAGGCAAAAAUAUAUUUUUUUUCAUCACGUUUAGCUUUACGCGACUUUGCUAUUUAUCGUCAGACUGUAUCGCAUGUGAUAAUAAUUAAGAUAGACAGGCUCGGAGCUGCUGCUUCAAGUGGCACCAACGACCCACACAAUCCGACAGUGGUUUUUAUUAACAAAAAAUAUGCAUAUAAACAAAUACCUAUUAUAUCUUGUAGUGACAACAUAUUUACAAAGGUUUGUUAGUUAUAUUGUUGUACCCGUACAAUUAACAGUUAACAUUUUUUUCUUUUGAAUUCCAUAAAUGUUUGUCUGUCUUCUUUUUCGUUUUAAAUGUGCUGGUAGCAGUAACUAGUAUGACAAUUAAUUAUAAUAGUACGAUGUUAUGAUUUUUCCCCCGAUAACAGCUCAUCAGAUGUUUGUGAUGUUGUAUAGUAGUAAUAAUAACAAUAACAGUAAUUAUGAUAGCAACGAUUUUAAAAUAUACCCGUUAACAGCCUAGCAUCAAUACCCCGUAGUUAAUUAUGGUAAAAGCAUGCCAAUAUAUACAAUGAUAAGAUAGUUAUUUUACGGUGACCAUAGGAGAAACACAAACAAUGCUGUGCAAUAAUGCCACAAUCAAAUGUACUAUAAUUCUCUUAUCUAUCCAGAAAUACAUAUUUAAUUAUAUUUAUAUUAUUAUAGAUAUUAUAUCAAGACGUAAUAUCAAAAGGCUACAUAUUAUUAUAUCUAUAAACGCAUACAUCAAGUAUAUUAUGAUUUCAGAACAUGCCUGAAUAUUAUGUAUUGUGUCGUCAAAUGUAGUGUGAAUAUGACGAGAACGGUUGUGAGAAUGAUUGUGUUAUCCAUUUAUUUGACUACGUAAUGUAAUGAUGUAUCCAUAUCUCAGUUUUAAACUGCUCUGGAUAAUAAAGAUAGUGGAUGUUAAUAAUAAAAUUAGUAAUGAUAAAUCUUUGAAAAGGCUUUUUGAGCGCUUGUAAACUAAGGGUACUAUAUGGUACUACUAAGUGCUAGACUUCGUUGUCUACGAGUCUUCCACACACCGGUCAGCUACCGAAGUGACCCCUGGCGGCCUGGAAAGUCCCCGGAAUGGAGGUCACAGACCGCUUACCGAGUGAGCAAAGCCAGACGCAGCUGUGUUUCCAAAGAUCACCUUCUCAUUUAUAAUAGAUGCCUAAAUACUUGUUCGUUAACAAUAAGUGUAGAUAUCCGGCGACCUGACCACCAUCUGAUACAAAGAUAGACGAAAUUAAACAGA